AUGUCAACAUUUUCCACCCAGGCAGCCUCAAAUAGCAGCACUUCAAUGGCCCCCACCUUCUUGCUGGUGAGGAUGCCAGGUUUGUCAGUUGUACCGUCUUGGUGGACGAUCCCCCUCAUCACUCUCUACCUUCUUUCUGCCAUGGGUAAUGGUACCAUCCUUUGGAUUAUUGCCUUGGAGCCCACACUACACCGCCCAAUGUACUUCUUUCUCUUCAUGCUCAGUGUGUCUGAUGUUGGCUUGGCCACAGCCCUGAUGCCCACUUUGCUGGGUCUUGCCCUUGCUGAUGCUCAUGUUGUCUCUGCCUCAGCCUGUCUCAUCCAGAUGUUCUUUGUCCAUGUCUUUUCUGUCAUGGAGUCCUCUGUCUUGCUCACAAUGGCCGUGGAUAGAGCACUGGCUAUUUGCCGUCCUCUUCACUAUUCCACACUUUUCACCAAUGGUUUCAUUAGCAAGAUUAUCCUAGCUAUUGGCUUCAGAUGCCUGGGUCUCCAUCUGCCUCUGCCAUUCCUCCUGGCCCACAUGCCCUACUGUCACCCUCAGGUCCUAACUCAUUCUUAUUGCUUGCACCCAGAUGUAACCCGUCUGGCUUGCCCAGGAACUUGGAGUGCCAUCUACAGUCUCUUUGUGGUCCUGUCAGCAAUGGGAUUGGAUCCUUUGCUUAUCUUUUUCACCUAUGGCCUAAUUGGUAAGGUGUUGCAAGGUUUAGGGUCCAGUGAAGAGUGCUGGAAGGCUGGUCAAACCUGUAUGGCCCACCUCUCUGCUGUACUCCUCUUCUACAUACCCAUGAUCCUCCUAGCAAUCAUUGACCGUCUUAGGUUGCCAGUACCUCAGUCUGCCCAUACUCUUCUCUCCUAUGUUCACUUCUUGCUUCCUCCAUUAUUAAACCCUAUUCUUUAUAGUGUCAAGAUGAAAGAGAUUAGAGAGAGAAUACUCAAAAGGUUGCAGCCCAUGAAGAUGAGUUGUGUUCAGUGA